AUGAUUGAUGGUAACACUGUGAACAGGGUGCUGCGCACUGCUAAGCAGUUCGAUGUGGCCGGGCUGGGCGUAAUAAGCUACUACAUGAAGCUGUACGUGGUGGAGGAGAUCCUCACGGAGAGAGACCGGUCCGAGGAGUCGACAGCGAUUGCCAGUGAGCUUCUGGAUGCUAUAGAGACGUUCAAGAGUGCAGUGAUGGAGCACCCGGAGGAUCCGUUACGGACACUGUUCGAGGACCAGGAGAAGGGACGGCUAUACAUGUUGAACUUUACGAUGUCGCUGUAUAACAACAAGUUGCAACAGGUUUCCGAGGGUCCCUGGGAUCACGAUUUGAGACGUGGGCUGUGGUGCUGCGUUGACUUGUACUCUAGUAUAUUGCACCUGUGGAAGAACAGUCCUGAAGAAGUGCGUGCGAUCAGGCAGAGAAUCAAGUACUGUAAAGUCCAUCUGAGCAAACUGGCGAAGGGCGAGUUGGGCCCCGCGGUUGAGGCUGCAGAGGAGCACAUACCGCAGAACGAUAAAGAGGUGGAUGAGAUGAUAGAUGCCGCUUUGAGGGAAACCGCCAGCGAGGGAACCGCCAUCGAGCAGGAGUUGCAAGGCGAGCCGGACACUGGCAAAACGGCAGCACCGGACGCAAACGACGAAGAUAUAGACCGAAUGCUUGCCGAACUAAAUAAACUCAGCCCUUCUGUGGGUGAGUCAACCGAUGGGAAGGGCGCCGCAUCUGAACAAACCCCGAUUUCGGGCGAGUCUGUGAAGACCCCCUCGGGGCACGCUUCGACACCUGAGCCUGUAUUCCUUGACUCUGAAGAGGAGGAAGAGAAGGAAGAGUCACCAAAACCUAAACCGGUCGCAGCGCCAGAAGGCAAGAAGAGUAAGAAGAUCCCGGCAUUAGGGGACCAUUACAACAGGCAAGACCUGGAUAAUAUAAUGGAUAGAGGCACCAAAAUAGAAAGGGUCCAGCGGUUAGCCAAAUUCACGGUGAGUGCGUUGAACUAUGAGGAUAUCAGCACUGCGAAGGCGCAAUUGACCGAGGCAUUGGAGCUGUUGAAUACAUUGUGA